GCCCUUUUCAUUUUGUAAACAUUAGCAAGCAACUGCUGGAGACUAAUGUGAGGAGACUUAUGGAUAGUCUUGUGAAGGUGCACGGAAGUGGCGGCUAUGACUCCGACUUCAGUGAUGAUGAUGGGCAGGAGGAGUCUUCACAGAGAGGCAUUAAAAGGAAACGAGAGAAGGAAAUCUUACAGAAGCCAUUCGAGAAAGGUCGGCACUCCCAGAAGGCCCACCGGAGUUUACACUCUAAUGAAGUGGACAGAGAGGAAGCCAGGAACAGAAGAGCCCACCUGAUAUCACUGAAUGCUUUUGAGCGACAUAAGAAGUUUGUUGGUGACUACAUACUUUAUUAUGGAGGACAGAUGGCCGACUUCAGACGCUCUUCAGCCAAAGACAAAACCGAUUCUGAUGUGCUGCGUGAGAAUCAUCGCUUCCUCUGGAGAGACGAGGACGAGGAGGACAUGACAUGGGAAAAAGAACUUGCCAAGAAGUAUUACGACAAGCUGUUUAAAGAGUACUGCAUAGCUGACCUCAGCAGAUACAAAGAAAACAAGUUUGGAUUUCGUUGGCGGACCGAGGAUGAAGUCGUUUCUGGCAAAGGUCAGUUCCAGUGUGGAAACAAACGCUGUGAGAAGCAGGAAGGCCUAAAAAGCUGGGAGGUGAAUUUUGCCUAUGUGGAACACGGCGAGAAGAAAAAUGCAUUGGUCAAACUCAGACUAUGCCCUGAAUGCUCUUUCAAACUCAAUUACCACCACAAGAGGAAGGAGGUGAAAGCAAAGACUAAAGGGAUAUCGCAGGAGAACCAGGAGCCACCAGAGAAGAAGAAAAAGAGUAAGAAGAAGAGAUCAUCUUCACAUUCCAAGAAGCACAAACACAAGAGACGGCGAGAUCGCUCCGCCUAUUCCAGCAGCUCGGAGGAGUCGCAGGACUCGGACAAAGAUUCUGAAGCUGGCGAUGAGCCAGAGGGCCAAUCAGAAGCCGACCACUGGCGAGGACCCGCUCCUGCCAUAGAGGAAAAGUCAAGGGAGGAGGAGUUUGAUGAGUACUUUGAAGACAUGUUUCUUUGACUGCUUGUAUCAGUGGGAGCCCUGCUGUGACUACACUUCCUUCAGCGUGUCACUGACAUUAAGCAUGUUCUGUUCUGAGUCUUGUGUGCAUGUUGGUUUAUUUGAUGAUAUGUUUCUGUACUGCUGGAGAAAUAAACAUGAUGUUUAUCUUG